CUGUAAUUCUGGCCGAUACAACCGGUUGUGCGGGUGCAGUCUGUGGGUAUCCUGAUCGGAGCACACGUCCCGUCCAACUAUUUUGUUUUGUCGUAGGUUUUUCAGCGUGUCCCUGACACAAUCGGUCGUCUGAGACAACCUUCUACGUCACCUCACAGCCACGACGUCCCACGAAUGGACUGGAGUUGUUGUGGUAAGCCCGUCGCACGACGGACACGACAGGGCCAUUAAAGGGGCGGGGUACGCAUAGGGGUAUGCAAGGGGCAACGUACGUAAUCCGCAGAAAAAUGGCCGAGUGCAAGAACAGGAGGUGGAAGAUAUUCACGUUAUUCCUGGCAGGACUGUUCGUCUUAACCUGCUACACCUUCAGCGCCUGUGUCACCAGCAUACAGAAUCAAAUGCUUCGCAAGAACGACUACCGACAGUCCUUCUCACGGCAUCUGACUUCUCAAACCAACCCCACCAUUCACAACCUGAAUCCGCGCGCAAACGGAAACCACUAUGGGUCCAACCGGCCCUGCCAACCAUUGGACUCAGCCGUUACCACCUACACCAUACUAAACAAGCAGGACAGACACGUGCUCGGCUCUCUCCUGCACUUAAAGCUAACGACCAGGAACAGGACGGGUUCUCCUCGCACGUGCGGUGGGGACUUCUUCCAGGCGAAGCUCUUCUCUCCGAAACUGAACGCCAGCACCGCAGGAAAGAUUGUAGACCACCAGAACGGCACCUACAGUAUCAGCUUCCUGCUGGGCUGGACGGGACGUGCGUUCUUAUCGGUGACGCUAGUGCACCCACGGGAGGCGUUACAGGGACUCAGGAAAGUACGAGAGACCCCAAACACAGGAUAUCUCUUCAACGGGACGUUCUACGACCACAAGGAAGUUCUAGACGAACAGAAAUGUUACAGUAGCUACGAAGACGGGUUUGAUAAUGAAGAAGACUACUGUUCAUACACCAAACCCAAGGCGAACGUUUCCUUCUGGUGCAGGAGACCGAAAAAGAAGAACGUCGGCUGCGAACAGCUCGCGUUCGUGGUCUCAGACUUGGCCAGCAAGGACAAAUAUGACGAGGCCAACGGCAAACUUCUCAAUGAGGAGGAGUGGUUGUACUUCAGAAAAGGACAGUAUUUUCAAGUUGAGAUAGCUGCAGAGGACGGAAUGAAUGAAGUAAUUGUUGUACAAAAAGAACUGGUCAGCUGCGCCAAACCUCUCGGCUUGACUAGCGGGUCUAUCCGAGACGCCCAGCUGUCCGCCUCCUCGGCGGUGCCCGGGUAUGAGGCGCACCGUGCGCGCCUGCACGGCCAGCGGGCAUGGGAACCCGCCAGUAAGAACACUUCUCAGUGGCUGCAGAUAGACCUCAAGGUGCCAAAGGUGAUCACGGGUAUCCAGACUCAGGGCUUGUGGGGAGGGAUGGUGCCAGCCUAUCACCUAAUGGUGUCUGAUGACGGUCAGACAUGGACCAAGGGUAGUGAGACAUUUGAUGGGACUGAGGAUGGCAUCAGUAUUACAGAGGAGGCGCUCGCCCCUCCAGUAGUCACCAGGUUCUUCAGGAUCUUUGCUGCAGCUUCAGAUCUGCCUCGGCUGCGCAUGGAACUCCUGGGGUGUGACCAGGCUUCACAGUUCCGGGAUAAUUAUGUACCACAGACGUUCCUCCACCAACACGGACCACCACCAGGCCUGCCGCCGUGUGGCCCGAACCUCCCGGUCUCACAGUCUGAGGGGUACUUCUACCAGGACGUGUGGUACUCCACAGCCUGCCGGGCUGCCAGCUGGCUGACCAGGCCUUAUGUGGAGACAUGUCUGCGGAACAGGACGGUCCUACUGCAGGGUGACUCCACCGUCAGGCAGCUGGCGGGGGAGCUGGAGACACUGCUGGGAGCCAGGGACCACUACCGCUGUCAGGACUACAAGGAAGAGGUGGAAGGUCGGUACCCGGAGUCCCUGAGGCUGUACGUGUGGACUGGCCCAAUCGCGGUUUGCCAAAAACUGGACAAGAAGGUGGUGCUGCAGUUCCGCUUCCACCACUUCCCGGUUCGCGCAGGGAGUCAGGUGGAGCUGGCAAACCUGCGCACAAUUGUUUACAAGCUAAACACCAUCCAUCCAGGUGAAAAUGCAGUUGUCCUGCUGUCACUCUGGGCCCACUUCACGGACGACCCUUUGGAGCAGUUUGAGGCCCGCCUGUGGGCCAUCCGAGCAGCAAUCGAGAAGCUGCACAGACGCGCUCCACAGACAUUGGUCAUCUUCAAAAGCCCAAAUGUGAGAGACCAACUCUACCUGUCUAAGGUCUUAAUGAGCAGUGACUGGCUAGCUUACGACAUGUGGAGAAGGCUUAAGGAAAUCAUGGCAGGGCUUAACGUGGCUUUCUUAGACAUUUGGGACAUGUCCGCCUGCCAUCAUUCAGUCCCACAACUGCACCCAGCAAAGGAAGUCACAACCAAUGCUAUUGCCUUGUUAUUGUCAUACAUUUGCCCUAUGUAGCAACUGUGGAUGGAAAGUUGUCAUUGUCUGUGCCUAUAGCCACUGCGAAGCCAAGAUCUGCCAGGCCUUUCCAUAAAAUUUGGCAAAAAUAGUCAACAAUGAACUCUGGUGGCUGUGAAACUCCCCUGACAAAUUGUUCUCCCUGGACCUACAUUCCUUAGCAGACUCCUGAGGCGGCUGCAUUAAUUUUUUUCGGGGCGCAACUCUCAGAAGUCUGCAAAUUACGUUACAUUGCUAGUUUGUUGGAGACUACUUUUUUCUCAGGUUUUAAGAGCAACCUAAGAGUAGAUACCACUUGAAGUGAAA